GGCUCAACUUACCCCACUCUCCCCUACUUCUAACCCGUCUACUGACUCCAGAGCAGAAGCGAUGAAUCUGGCAAGCUGAACUUACUUGCUCUCCUUGAAAGUUAUUUUUCUAUAGUAAGUAAUUAUUAUCGCGUUAUCUUGACGUGUUUACUCGGCUGUUGUAGAAGAAAACUCUCUGUCCACUAGAGGGCGGUGUGGUUUGAUGGAAACUGUUGGAGGUGGGGUUGUCACUCAGUUUCCUGCCACUAAAACACGGAGGAGUAGUGAGUCACGUAGCAAGAUACUGAGGAAAACUUCGUAUUUCUCAUUUUGACUAGUGUAUGCGUAAGACAUUUAAAUAAACAGCAAACCGUUUUAACCAGUCGGACUUUCGGUCGAAGAGCUCAAAGAAGAAGACGACGACGCGGAAGUACUGCGAAGUUUGUGUUCGCUGUCGUCCGCUUCAGCUGUUAAAAUCGUUGGUAUUCUGUUUUUGUUUCCCUUUUUGGUAAGCUAAACUGAUUAGGAAAGCCUCGAAAUAUCAGCUCGAUUCAAGUGAAAACGUGUAGCUUCGUGUUGAAACGUCGUCGACGAGUUUGGUAAAAAGCGAAAGUAAAGUUAAGAGGGCCCAGAGAGUCAUGGCGGACAGUAUGGAUGAAGACAUGGAAGAGGAGCCUGUACCUCUCCGGCAGGAAUUAACCUGCCCCGUGUGUCAGGGCAUCUUUCGGGACCCCGUGUUACUACCUUGCUCUCAUAGCUUCUGUAAGAAUUGUCUUACGCAAAGUAUGCGGUAUAAUCGAGGCUGUCCAGUGUGCAGGACGGUGUUUCGCGACGGCCAGGAUAUCCCCAACCGUGCGCUCGGAGACGCAUGUGAAAGCUUCCUCAAAUAUCCAGAGUGGCGCCCGAGAGAAACACCUACCAGACAGAACACCUGCAACAUUCACCUGAGACCUCUGGAGCUCUACUGUGAAAAAGACGAGGAGCCAGUGUGCGUGGAGUGCGUGACUCUCCACAGCACCCACAGGCUGUGGCCUCUGAAAGAGGGAGCACCAAUAUGCAAGGUAGGGCGUCACCAAAUGUCGAAGUGUUUCUGUCAAGACUAGGACUGGGCGAUUUGGCCAAAGAGAUUAUCACGAUAUAUUUUGUCGUGUCGUCCGAUCUCGAUUAUUAUCACGAUUUCUUUUAACUGCCAGCAUCUGUACUUUAAACUAACAUCUUUGGAGGAUGACUCAAAGUCAUAGCUGACAUCUAUUUCACUGCCCUCAGCUCCACUUUAGGUUACUCUGUUAACUUGUCCAGCAGCUCGGCUCUGAUUGGCUGUUGUGAUGCACUUUUUCGCCAUGUUUGAUCGAAUAAAUAAGCUCACAGGUGAUCACCAUGAUCGGACUGAAAUUUAUCAUUAAUCCCGAUCAUAUAAUCACCCAGUCCUAGUCAAGACACAGGUAAGUCUCUCCUUUAGAUUUGCCUUCGAGGAGGGAAAAACAUUUGUUUCAACUUUGAAUUAAAUCAUGGAAAAAGACUACAGGCUUUAAAUAUUUGUGGAUGCCAAAUUUGAUACUCAACUUAUACCAGUGCUGACCCAUGAGUUGUAUAAUUGUAUUAAAAAAGGAGUAUCUUUUUGCGUAAUGCCUCUUUUUCCACCUCAGUGCCAGUAAUACACUGAAUGUGGAAAUGUGGAACUUCUUACAGAGUAAUUUAAAGGGCUGCACAAACAUAUUUCAGUUUAAAACAUAGUUUAAAUAAAGUAUAAUUACAAAAUACGGAGCUGACGAGUAGUGUUUUGUAAUAUGCAUACAUUCUGAUGCGGACGCAGACUUUGCUUUUGUUUGUUUGAUUCCUUUUAUGUGGUUGUAAUAUUGUUUGUAAAGUUAUAGGAAAAUAACCUGAAGUGGACAGACCGUCUUAUGUAAUUCGCCGUUUUCUUCCACUUAUCCGGGUCCGGGUCACAGGGGCUGCAGCUUCAGUAGGGAGGCUCAGACUGCCCUCACCCCAGCCUCUUCCACCAGCUCCUCCGGGGGGAUUUCCCAGGCCAGGCGAGAGAUAUAAUCCCUCCCGGUCCUGGGCCGACCACGAUGUCUCCUCCCGGUGGGACAUGUCUGGAACAUUUCUAACGGGAGGCGUUCAAAAGGCGUCCUAACCAGAUGCUCGAGCCACCUCAGCUAACUCCUCUUGACGUGGAGGAGCAGCGGUUCUAUUCUGAGCGCCUCCCGUGUGUGCAAGCUCCUUACCCUGUCUCUGAGCCCGGCCACCCUGCGAAGGAAACCCAUUUCGGCCGCUUGUAUCUGCGAUCUUUUUCUUUCUGUCAUAACCUAAAGUUUAUGACCAUAGGUGAGGGUUGGCACGUAGAUCGACCAAAAAAUCGAGAGUUUCACCUUACGGUUCAGCUCUUUCUUCACCACGACGGAUCGGAUCUUACAUAACGGUUUAUUUCUAUUUUGAGUAAGGGGCAGGUAAAAUAAGCUUUGUCUUCUACCUGCUCCAUCCAGUCAUAUGCUGUGCUAAAUUUGUUAAAUGCCUUUUGUAUGUAUGGAAAUGCUUAAAAAUGGCCAUGAGCAGAACAAAUAAAAACGAAUGAACGAAUGAAUCCACUUUUUUUGGUCACUUAGGCCAACCAUUUUACCUACCACAAUAAUCUGGUGAGACAGUUUUUCCCCAGUGUGAGUAAGGGGAACAAUACAAGACACCAGCUGUAAAGCAUAUUGUUUUAUUUUAUUCAAUGUCUUUGUUCACCUGUUUUCUGUCUCUCUGCAGAGGGAGCUGGGGUUCAAAGUCCAGAUUUUUGAAAAGAAAGUGGAAUCAUACAAGAAAAUGACGAAUAAAAUCAACAACGCAAUGGACCACAUCAAGGUAGAGUCAUUGCACUGCUUCUACCGUGUUUGUCAAUCACCAGACCUGAACUUUGUUCACAAAACAGCACAAGCUGCUGAACACACAUUAUGUUGCACUGAUUAGAUUUCAUACUAAUAAUUCCUCCUCUUUUGCUGGAUGCAGAUUCAAGCAGGACUGGCAGAGAAGCAGAUCAAGGCAGAGUUUGAAAGACUGAGACAGGUGCUUGUCACAGAAGAAGCCAUGCGUCUGAGGGCUUUGGCCUCUGAGGAAGAGGAGAAGAUUAAUGCCUUACAAGAGCUGAAUGACAAAACAAAAAAUGACAUUGUUGACCUGAAAGGGCUUGUUGAGUCUUUGAAGAGAGAGAUGGGCAAUGAAGACUUACCCCUUGUGCAGGUAAGACAGGGGGGUCAUCACCACAGCACUAAGAGCGCAUCUUGUUUUUCCCUCCUUUGUUUAAUCAGUCUGCAUAUCUUUUUUGUGUGUGUUUUAGAAUUUCAAGACUUUGAAACAAAAGUAAGUAUCAGUAAAUGUCACUCAAGCUGUCAUGCAUAUACUGUGCUUGAAAAUCUUUACAUGAGUAUCAAUAAGAAAGUACCUGGAAAGUACUCUUGAUCUCAUAUUUACAAUGCAUUUGCAGAAUUUUGGAGACUGCAGUUUCUAAUGUUAACCAUAUAUUAUCACCUUUACUUUAGAGCCCAGUGGACCGAGGAGGAUCCUUGCCUUGCUGCGGACUGUCUGUUGAAUAUGGGCGAGCAUGUUGGGGCUUUGAGCUUCAAAAUCUGGAAAAGCUUGCAGCCUCAUGUCAAAUACAGUAAGUAAAAUAUAUUGUGUGAUUAAGGAAAAGCGAAGGACUGGAUGUCGACUGCCCUUUUCACACUUGAACACCUGAAUUUUUAAGAUAAUUUUUGGACUUUAAGGCACUGAUGUUUCAGGAGCUUUUGGCUCAUAUGCUUCACUCAAUGUGAGAUGAUCUGUGUUCAACAACCAGUUAUAUUUCAUUAUCAAACUGCAACCUAGCGCCAAAGUGCAAAAAAUGUGGUUCCUCAAGUGUCCACUUACUAACCCUGUUACAGCUCAUAUUAGAUGCCCUGUCGUUAAUGCCAAAACAGGUUUUGAUCUCUGUAGGUAAUUUGAUGUCAACUGUACUUGGUAUGAUUUCUAUAACUCAUUGUUUUGAUCUGAAAAAGACUAUGAUGUACACCCAUGUAGGCUUGAUUAAGAGUCUAAAUUCAGCCAUGUGCAGUUCAUAGACAAUAUCAGGACAUUUUCAGGAGUGCAAUGUUUAUGUGAAAGGGGCUUAUUACAUUCUUGUCCAUGUGGGGGAACAGACCAUUUUCAUCAUUUCAUGAAUACUAUUGAAACAAUAGGAUAAAAAAUGUCAGCAAUGUCACAGAGCUGCAUCCCGUCUUUCCCCAUGCACAGAUCCGGUGGUGUUUAACCCGAACACAGCCUCUCCAUGGUUCUUUUUGAGUGAAGACCUGACCUGUGUGAAGGAGAGCUCAGAACGACUGACCGUCCCUGAAAAUGUGGAGCGCUUUGAUCCCUGCCUCUUUGUCCUGGGUGCUGAAGGUUACACCUCUGGCAAACACAGAUGGGACAUCAUUGUAGGGGACAGCCCCAAGUGGGUUGUGGGAGUAUGUAAGGAGUCAUUGGCUCGUAAAAAGAAGUUCACUCUCUCUACAAGCCGUGGUGUGUGGGCCGUAGUACUGAGCAAAGGGGUGUACACUGCUUCAACACCUGAGCGUACAGUGCUUCAGGUGCAGCAGCGCCCAGAAAGAAUCCGGAUCAAGUUAAAUAUUGAUAAAGGAGAGGUGUCAUUUUGGGAUGGGGGGACGGCAAAGCACCUUGUAACUCUAGAGCACAAGUUUGAUGAGAAGGUAUUUCCUAUAUUUGGCCCUGGGCUCCAUGAUGCACCUAUGGUUCUGGCUCCAGGGAAAAUGGCAGUACAUACCUCAUGAUGGGCAUGUAUGCUGCAGAGAGAUAUGGUGUCAAAAAUAAAAUCUGACGAAACUGAGGGGAAGUCAGAAAAGUAAAGUAAGUAAUAGUCAUAAAUGUUUUCAAACAUACAUUAAACAAUUUGCUCACAGAUAUGACUGAUUUCAAAAAAUAAUAAUUGGAGAAGAGAUCAACAAGUUUGAACAUUAGAUGCUCCAAAUUGAGUAACUUAAAAAUAAUUUACAACAAAGUUAUUAAUCUUAUGUCUAUAAAAACUGAACUGAGAAAUAAUGAGACCAACUUAUAACAUUGAUAUUGCAAUGUAUAUCAGAAAUAAAGUAAGUCAGGACUGUAACUAAACAGUGUCAAACUUAAAUCACACUAAAAACAUGUUCACCACCAGUACAUGGCUGACUUAUGAGACAUAAGAAGCCUUGUAAUCUGAUGAAUUGCUUAGGAUAAUUUGAAGAUUGUAAAUUUAAGUAUGAUUGUAAGCAUGACUGAUGUCUCUGGGAUGUCGGACAAUACCAAAUGCCAAACUGUGUGUGCCUUUGGAAGCAAGAUUGAGCUUUCUUAAGUCUCUCCAUGAGGAGAAGACAAAACAAAUGUGUUUUUUUUUUUUCAAUCAACAAAACUGAGUAACAUUCUGCUCUUUGUAGUAAAAAAACAAAGUGAUUUUAUGUUUUUUGUGCCUGUUGGAAGUAUUUUUUUUUCUUAGGAGAAGAGCUUUUUUUGUUAUACUGCUUUUAUGUUGAUUCUGCUUUGGUGUAAGAUGUCCUCUGGCUCUGCCUAAUAAUUUGAAGAUAUCUUUGUUGCAUUGCUGUUUAUCAAUCACAAAUCAAGUGCAGACAGGAAACAGUAGUGAGCAUAAAGGUGAAAUUUCACCUUUUAGGACUAAUAAAGGAGUGUGUUAUCUUAUAGAGUUUUCACUGCAAAUGUUUCUGUUGUGUUUUGCUUGUCUCUAUAAACUUUUAAUAAAGUACAUUUAAACUAAA